AUGUCCGAUACAGAUUGGAUUAAUGACCCAAAUUUUAUGGGAGGGCCAACUGGUGAUGACUUUCUUAACUCAAUCUUUGAUCAAACGCAGGGUCAAACAUUGCUGAAUGAGACACAACAACAACAACAACAACAUCAACAACAACAACAACAACAACACCAAGAGCAACCGGCUUCACAGCAGCAGCAACAACAAGAACAACAACAACAACAACGUCAAGCUCCGCCUCCUCAGUUUUGGCAAAAUCAGCAACAACAGGAACAUCAGCAAAUUCCACAGCAGUUCAAUCAGGUGCAAUCACCUGCGCCCGGACUGCAAUUUCAACAAACACAACAGCCACAGAUAUCAGGAUUUGAACAAACUCCAACUACUCAAACACUUGACUCGCAAGACUUUAAUGCUAUGUUUGCGAGACAACAAGUACCGCAACAGUCGAACAAUGCUAAUAAACAAGAGAUGUUGAUGAAAAUGAAACAGCAAAUUUACAGGCAAAGAAUGCAAGCACAAGCUCAGGCUCAAGCCCAAGCAUUGACCCAAGGACAAAUUCAAAACCAAGGUCAGGGCCAAACACAUAACCAACAGUUUACACAAAACUUUCCAUCGCAAGGGUCGCCAAUACCUUCGCAGAUUCCUACUCCACUGACUGUUCAACAAGGUGCUUCUCCACAAGUGUCUAGUGCAACUAGUGGGAUCAACACAAAUUUGGGAAAUAGUUUUUCACCGCAGUUCCAGCAUCAGCUGCCCCAUCAAUCACAACAAGGUCUUCAAGGUAUUCAAUCUACUAGACCGCCUCUGAAUCCACAAGUACAACAUUUUCCACAGCAACAGCAACAACCUCAACAGCAACAACCUCAACAGCAACAACCUCAACAGCAACAACCUCAACAGCAACAACCUCAACAGCAACAGCAACCACCUCAGCAGCAGAUUCAGCAACAACGAAUGCAACAACAGAAGCAGCUCAUGACUGGGCAAUUGAAUAGCGAGCUUUUCCAUACUUUACUUUAUGAUUUUUUGCAGCGUCGUGGGACACCUAUUAAAUCACACCCCACAAUCAAUGGUAAACGAGUAAAUUUGUUUAUGAUUUAUUUGCUAUGCACAAAGAUGGGUGGAUUUAACCAGCUCAAAAAGUUUCUCAAUAUUAACUUUCUGCAACAGCAACAAAAUCCAUGGAGUGUGAUUGCUCCCAGAAUUGGAGUUUAUGAAGGUGCAAAUUUGCAAGAACCAGGUGUCAAGGAAAGUAUCGACCAGGAAGUUUGUAAUUGUUACGCAACCUAUAUUCUUCCUUAUGAAGAGUAUAACGCAACACCAAAUGGUCAGCGUGAUUUGCUGCAAAGAAGACAAAUCUUCCAAGCCCAAGUGUUGCAGAAGUUCCAACAAGCACAGCAAAAUCAGCAAAAUCAGCAAACUUCACAAGUGCAAGAUCGAUCGCAACCACAAUUUCAAACACAAAAGAGCCAGCAAAUACCACCACAGCAACAAUUACGUCAACAAUCUCAACAACCGCCGUCUUCUCAGCUGAUGCCAUCAAAUCUUCAGUCACAAGUCAUUUCACCUUCAGCAGCAAACAACCCAACGCCUAUUGGAACUCACUCUACGCAUCAAAGCCCGAUAGUUAACAGCGCGCCAACACCUCAACAAAGGAAAUUGUCUCGUGCUAGUAACGCCUCUGUUCAGAAUUCGCCUAGAGUAAACUCUCCAUACGUGCAAAACCAGCACAAUCAGCACAAUCAGCAAUUUAGACAACCACCGCCACUGCAACAGCAGCAGCAGUUGCCCCAUGCUCGCGUUCAACAAAUUCAACAGCAGAAACAGCAAUCUCGACGUGCUCUGCCUCAACAACAAUAUAAGGCUCCACCACAACCACAGGUACAACCACAGUCUCAAAAUAUCCCUCAGCAAUCGCAAAACCAGAGAGUGCCGCUGCAGCCACAAGUCAUGCAACAGCAAAAUCUCCCACAGCAAAAUCUCCAACAGCAAAAUCUCCAACAGCAAAAUCUUCAACAACAAAAUCCUCAACAACAAAAUCCUCAACAACAAAAUCCUCAACAACAAAAUCUCCCACAGCAAAAUCCUCAACAACAGAUUCUUCAAAAUCAAACUCCUGUUCCUCCUCCAUUCCAGCAACAACAACAACAACAACAACAACAACAGCAUCCUCGUCAACAUUUACCACAGCAACAAGCAAUCCAACAGGACAUUCCUGCAACUAAUAGUAGACAACCAUCGCAGACCGGUAGUAUGCAACAGAUGAAGCAUAUAAUCAGCAAAGAAGAGGCGAGUGUUCUUCGAAACUAUGUGCCAUUUAAAAGAAUUAUUGAUACACAUGGCUUUCAGUCGAUUAAAGACAUCUCUCACUUGGGUAGUGAGAUUGAAGCAGCUAAACCUAUAUAUUUGUUUGCCCCGGAGUUGGGAAUGAUCAAUUUACAAGCGCUAACAAUGGCUAUAAAGAGUAACCAUGGUAUACAGAGUGGCGAAGUUGUGAAUGCGUUGAAUACGCUACUCGUGACUACUUCAGACACAAACUAUACAUUUCAAAUUCGUGAUUGUUUUGAAUUGCUCGAUGCGUUGAGUGCUUUGGGUAAAGAAAUUUUGCGCAAGAUCAUACACGGAAAUGCAGCACCUCAAGACGUUGUUGUUGAAGAUGUGAGCAAAAUGAGCUCACAGAAUAACAUUGACGAUGUGUUUGCCAAAUAUGUUUCGGGAGGAAGAGGCGAGGAUAUUCUGUAUGUCGUCAACUCAUUGACUGGAGAAGUUGAGUCGGAAGAUGAAAACGCUGUAAAUGAAUUAUUUGAAUUUGAAGAAUCGUCAUCUGCAACAACACCUGCAUCAGUCUCAUCUGCAACUGCAACUGCAACUACAACUACAACAGAUACAAACAAAAAUGAAACAGCAACUAAUGCUACUACUUCUCUUGGAUCCGAGGAAGAUGAGGAUGACAUACGUGAGUUUCAUAUUGAUGAUUAUUCGUGUGCAUUACAAGAGUUCAAAUAUGAGAACAAACACCACUUUAGUGAGUUGCAAGUCAAAAGUGCUACUGAUGACCAGGUGUUGUUGAUUGAUGAGUUGAUCACUAUAACAAUGAUUUUGAGAAACAUCUCGUUUCUGGAUUUCAACAAGGAGCCUAUGGCCAACAAUAGACUUUUCAAGGACUUGCUAUUUGCUAUUGUGAAAGGAAUUGCACUGCAUCGUUCCAAGUUCAGAUUUAGUAGGAAAAGACUUUGCUUGUUGAAGGACUGUCUCUUGAUGUUGGACAAUAUUGCAUUCCAUACACAAUUGCAAUCGUUGGAAGAAGCAUUUUUGUCGUUUGUGUUGGUGGAGUGUUUUGGUCCUGCCAUCGAGGAUAGAUGGGCUAUACCUCGUUGUAACUUGGAUACUCAUUCAUACUUUUCCUUUGGAAUUGAUGCCUUAACUAAGCUCUUGGUGCGGGAGCCUUAUAAUAGGUCGCUUUUCCAAGCAAUGUUUAAUGGAACCUUGAAUAUCGGUAUGACAUCCAGCUACACCAAUAACUUUUUGGUGAGUCAAGAGGAUCAAGACCGGACGAGAAGGUUGAUUUCUUUAUAUCUUGGCAAGAAUGCAGGAGAGUAUAAGUCGGGUAUCUUAUUGACGAGAGCAUUCCAGCUUUACAUGAGUAUUAUUCCAUAUGACGCCAAUAGCUUUGAGUUUUCCAAGUUUGUGUUUAUUCGAGCACCCACGGUAUCGCAGCUAUUAUUUGGGGUCAAGUUGAUCAUCGAUAUGGCGCCAAUAGAGGAUUUGCAUACGCCACUUCAUGAGAUUACAUUGUACUGGAUCUUGGAGAAUAGGGAGUUGAUUCUUGGAAAUUUUGCAAGAAUUGUUGUUGCUUUGGCGUCAGAGACGGGCAAAUUUCCUCGUGGGUCAGCCGAGCAUAGCAUUUUGUCGUCAAGCUUGACAAAGGCUCUACUUGUUGUUAAUUCAUUAAUCGAGAAUGCGCUUUUGGCAAAGAAGAUUGAAGAUGAGACCCAGGAGCAUUCAGAGUUGAUUGAGAAGUUGACUGAUUGUUAUGCCUUUCCCAGAAUCAUCCCGGAUGUGACGUUGACUUUGGAUACAUUUUUGGCACCAACAAUUGAUUAUGGCUUGGGUGAUGAGAUUGUAAGGUUACUCAGAUGCUUAAAAGAUUUGAAAGCAUGCGAAACCAUAUAA